AAUGUUUUCGCGUUUGAAGUAAGUUGAACAAGUGAAUGGAUACAUCUCAACCAUGUUCACUCUCUUAAUUAUUGUUUUUAUUAUAGCAACCAAAGAUUGCACAUCUCUCAAAUUGCGAGAUUUCAGUGUUCCUCCUGUCGUUAUGUUGGGUGAUCCCGUUUGGUUCAACUGUUCGUAUGAUUUAGAAAGAGAUAAACUUUAUUCCAUAAAGUGGCAUAAAAACAAUGUGGAAUUUUAUAGGUAUUUACCAGCUGAUAAUCCUCCGGGACAAAAAUAUGAAUUACCUGGGAUUCACUUAGAGUUAGAUCACAGUUUUGAAGGGCACAUCUACAUGAGUAGAACUGACAUUAAUUCUGAAGGAAUAUAUAGAUGUGAAGUUUCAACAGAAGCACCCUUCUUUCGAACAGUCAAAGGAGAGAGGGAAAUGAAAGUUUAUGUUAAUCCAAAACAUCCUCCUGAAAUAAAGAAUGUAAAACAUCAAUACUAUAAUGGUGAAACGGUGAAUGUCACUUGUGUUUCCUCUCCAUCAAGACCAGCUGUGUUUUUAAAAUGGUGGAUAAAUGACCAAGAGACUAUUUUUAUUUGA